AUGGCGGACUCAGCAGCGGCCUUCUUGGCCGGCAUCGAGGACGAAGUACGCAACAAGACCAAGGAUCGCAACAGCUCCUUUUCUGGUCGAGACAUUGGCCGCGAUCGUGAGCGAGACCGCAGAGAUCGAAGAUCAGGCAGAGACGCUUAUGAGGAAGACCGAAAUGCUUCUUCUUCAAGCUCACGCAAACGAAGGGAUACAGAAGAUAGGGACGAACACGACAGGUACCCACGCAAGUCUCAGCGCGACGACAGGGAUAGAGGAGAUCGUGGGGGAGAUGAUGAUCGUCGAAGGAGACGUAGGGAUGACGACUAUUAUGGAGGAUCAAGAGGAGGUCGUGAUGGGAGAGACAUUCGUGAUAGCAGAGAUGGAUACGGUGAUAGGAGGUAUCGUGACCGAGAUGACCGAUACUCUGGUCGUAGAGGCGGGUCGAGGUACGAUGAUGAUGACAGCUACUACCACGAGCGAGGGGGUCGCAGUCGUGGCGAUUGGAGGAGUGCAGCGGGACGAGACAGUAGCCCAUCUGUGCGACGCAGCCCAACACCUGAAGGCACUAUCCCCAUCAGAGAGCGACCGAGGCCCAACUCCAAGUGGGACAUUCCUGCACCUGGCUUUGAAGGCACAAGUGCUCUUGCUGCCAAAGCGACUGGGCUGUUCGGUAUUCCAGGUCAGACAAGACUGGUAGGCAUGCCGCCCGUCAACCUUGGCGUCAAUGGUCCUGGUGUACCACCCGGUGUUGGUCUGCCACUGCCUCCGAUUCACAUGGGCGGUCAACCUAUCCAUCCCCAUCGCGGUGGACCCAUGCAGCCUCACCAUCAGAACCGACAGCCGUACCCACCUCAUCAGCAAGGCCACCAGACACAUCCCGACCACAACAUGCCCAGUCACCCGCAUCAGCAAUCUCCACGUCCACACCAGCACGGUUCGCCUUACCCACCUCAGCAUGGUUUCCAACCAGGCAACGGCGCCUCCCAGCCCGCCCCUACACCAGAAGAAGUCGCUCAGCAAAACAACAACCGUCAAGCCCGUCGUCUCUACGUCGGCAACAUCACUCACUCAGCCAACGAGCCAAACAUGGUCGCCUUCUUCAACGAACAGAUGCUCAAGCUUAAACUCGGCACUGAACCUGGCGAGCCAGCGGUCUCUGCUCAAGUCAACGUUGACAAGGGUUACGCAUUCGUCGAAUUCCGUCAUCCUGAGGAAGCGACCAAUGCCAUGUCUUUCGAUGGGAUCGUGUUCCAGGGCCAGUCACUCAAGAUUCGACGACCGAAAGACUAUACCGGUCCGGAUGUCAGGCCUGCUUCGAACAUCCAUGUUCCCGGAGUCAUCAGUACAAAUGUGCCCGAUUCGCCGCAUAAGAUCUUUGUCGGUGGUCUGCCGACCUAUCUUACGGACGAUCAGGUUAUCGAGCUACUGCAAGCGUUUGGUGAGCUCAGAGCUUUCAAUCUGGUGAAAGACACGGCGAAUGGCGCAUCGAAAGGUUUCGCCUUCUGUGAGUAUGUAGAUACGGCGUUGACAGAUCUCGCAUGUCAAGGGUUGAACGGGAUGGAGUUGGGUGAUAGGAACCUGGUCGUGCAGAGGGCGAGCGUGGGGAGUGAGAAAAAGGCUCAAGCAAUUGCUGCGACUGGUGCCAAUGCUGGUGCGUUGGGUGAUGCUGGAAUGCCGAGCUCAGUGCAGCAGUUUGCGGGUGAAGGUGGUGAUGCAGGCGAACCAAGAUCUUGUAUGGUUAUGCUCAACAUGGUCACCCCUGAAGAGCUGCAGGAUGACGAAGAGUACGCGGAUAUCGUAGAGGAUAUCAGAGAGGAGUGCACCAAGUACGGCACUGUUACUGAUGUGCGUGUGCCUCGCCCAGCAAAGGAAAGCAAAGGUGCAGCUGCGCACCAGUGGAAGCGCACACAAGACGAAUCAGCUGCGUCUGGUGGGGAGAAGCCAGCAACGGAGCGUGAAGGUGUUGGUAGAGUCUAUGUCAGGUAUGCCGAGACGGGAGAUUGUGCUCAGGCAUUGAGGGCGAUUGCGGGCAGACAGUUUGGCGGACGGACUGUGAUCUGUGCUUUCUUGAAGGAAGACAAUUGGCCAGGGGAUGAGGACGGUGGUCAGAAUGCAGAUGCUACUGCUGCUCAGGCUAGUGGGCCUGCUUUUGGCGCCGAUGCCAACUAA